UCCCCUCACACGCCCAGCCCCCACCCAUGCCGGCACCUCUGGGCCAAAGAGACUCAACGCCGGUGGUCUCCCCCCUUCCCCCUCCCCCGCAGGAGCAGCCUCCGCCAUGUCUGACGAGGAAGCUGAACAGGUGGAGGAACAGUACGAGGAGGAAGAGGAGGCCCAGGAGGAAGCUGCAGAAGUCCAUGAGGCAGUUCACGAACCAGAGGAGGUCCAGGAAGACACCACGGAGGAGCAGCACGAGGAGGAGGAAGAGGAGAAGCCAAGGCCCAAACUCACUGCUCCCAAGAUCCCGGAAGGCGAGAAGGUGGACUUCGAUGACAUCCAGAAGAAGCGCCAGAACAAAGACCUGAUGGAGCUGCAGGCGCUCAUCGACAGCCACUUCGAGGCGAGGAAGAAGGAGGAGGAGGAGCUGAUCGCGCUCAAGGACAGGAUCGUGCGUGGGGCAGCCCCCUGGGGGGAGGGGCUGCGGGCACCCCCCGGGCAGCCAGGGCUGGCGGAGGAGAAGGCCCGGAGGGAGGAGGAGGAUGCGAGGAGGAGGGCCGAGGACGACCUGAAGAAGAAGAAAGCCCUGUCUUCCAUGGGCGCCAACUACAGCAGCUACCUGGCCAAGGCUGACCAGAAGAGAGGCAAGAAGCAGACAGCCCGGGAGAUGAAGAAGAAGGUUCUGGCGGAGAGACGCAAGCCACUUAACAUCGACCACCUCGGUGACGACAAGCUCAGGGACAAGGCCAAGGAGCUAUGGGACACCCUGUACCAACUGGAGACUGACAAGUUCGAGUUUGCAGAGAAGCUCAAGCGCCAGAAGUACGACAUCACCAAUCUCAGGAGCCGCAUCGACCAGGCCCAGAAGCACAGCAAGAAGGCCGGGGCCACGGCCAAGGGCAAAGUCGGAGGACGCUGGAAGUAAAGCAGCUGCAGGGCCCCGAGGCGGAGACCCCUGGCGUGUGCCCGCACGGCGGCGUCCGGCCCCUCGGCCCGGGGGCAGGGGGCUCACUCCAUGUCUCUGUCCUGGCUGCCCCCACCUUCUGGGGUCUGUGAAUAA